UGCACAUCACGGAGCGCAUGGCGCGGCACUGGGAGGGCAGUCUGCGCGAGUACUACGCCGCGCAGCUGUACGCGCUGCCGCAGCGGGGCCCGCGCUGGCUGCGAGCCGUGCACGCGCGCCUCACCCGCCGCCCCACUGCCGCGGCCGCCGAUAGUGGCGGCGCUAGUGAGGACGCUGGCGACAGCGGUGCCGCUACCGGCAGUACUGUUGCCAGAGUCGCUGACAAAGAAGACACCGACAAGACUGAAGGGGCCGCCGCUAGUGGUACCACGCGUGUCGACAGCGACGUUUCUACUGUUGACGCACACACUUGGUGGCGACGCGUGUGGGCGGGCGGGCUGGUGGCGGCGCUGGUGGCGGCGGCGCAGGCGCGUGGCGCGCUGUGCUCCACGGCGCUGUACACGCUGGUGCGGCGCGAGCUGCGGCGCCGCGUGCCGCUGCCCGACCUGCACGAGCUGUGGGUGAGCGUGCAGCGCGCGGCGCUGGAGCAGGUGCGGGCGGCGGGGCGCGCGGGGGACGCGGGCGCGGUGCCGGCGGAGGCGGCGCGCGUGGCGGACCUGGUGCUGCUGCACACGGACGUGGCGGCGCAGCGCCUGCUGGACGACGAGAGCGUGACGCUGCACGAGGAGGCGGCGGCGCUGCACGCGCUGUGGCGGCUCGUGCAGCGCCACGCGCUCGAGGACGCGGCCGAGCCCCUGCGGCUGGCGCGGCGCUGGUCGCGCGUGCACCGCGACUACUGCGCCAGGUGCGUGCUACGUGCUGUGUGUGUGUGUGUGUGUGUGUGUCGCAGUGCUCUAGUGACAGUGUGUGUGUGCAGCGGGCGCAGCGCGUCGCUGGUGGUGCUGCAGCGGCGCUGGCACGAGCUGAAGCUGCAGGCGCGGCGGCGGCUGGCCGCGCACUGGCGCCGCCCGCUCCCCGCGCCCGCGCCGCUCCCGGCCACGCUGCCUCCACUGCCCGCGCCCAUACAUCUCGCCAUUCUCAAGCGGUACCCGCACGUGGCGACGGACGCGCAGGUGUCGUGGCGCGAGCUGGUGACCGAGCGCCGCGUCGUGCCACAGCCGCUGCACAAGCAGUUACUCUCGGACGACAGCGCCGAUGAAACGGAUAGAGAGCUCUCCCCGGACAGCCACGCAGUCACGCCAGCCAGCGACGCAGUAACGCCGGCCGGCGACGCAGACACGUCGGCCAUCAGCGCAGACACGUCGGCCAUCGUCGCAGACACGCCAGCUAUCGGCGCAGACACGCUAGCUAUCGUCGCAGACACGCCAGCUAUCGGUGCAGACACGCUAGCCAUCGUCGCAGACACGCCAGCUAUCGGCGCAGACACGCUAGCCAUCGGCGCAGACACGCCAGCUAUCGGCGCAGACACGCUAGCCAUCAGCGCAGACACGCCAGCUAUCAGCGCAGACACGCCAGCUAUCAGCGCAGACAUGUCAGCCAUCAGCGCAGUUGCCCCAGCCAUCAGCACAGACACGCCAGCUAUCAGCGCAGACCCGCCAGCUAUCAGCGUAGACACGCCGGCCGUCAGCGCAGACAUGCUGGUCACCAGCGUAGAUACGCCAGCCAUCAGCGCAGACGCACUCAAAAUAAUAACUUCAACUCGCGACGACAUACAAGCGUCACUCCUGGAGCCGCCCGACAUCAAGCCUGAUCUACUUGUACCGCUCAACAUCGCUGCCGCCAGCACACAGUCAGCGGGUGAGCCGGCGCUGCUCGUUACAUCACACAUCGGCGCCGCGCCCAAACACGAGGAGUUCGACACCGACGCGGAAGACAACCUGGUCAUCGACGAGUCUUCCAGCAAGCAGCUCAGUCCUGCCAAACCGUUCAGGCGUGACGAGACGUGUGACACUAUAGCAGUGCUGCGUAGCAUCGACCCCUCCGCCGUCACAGCAGAGAUAGUGUUCGACAGCGACGACGACGACAGUGAACCUUCUGUGCAAGACGCUAACGUCGAGAGUCCUCUGCCGCGCACUCGCCGGGCCGAGUCCUUCAUCAGCAGCCGCCUGUUCUUCGACGACGACGUGAUGCUCGAUGACGUCACGCCCGCUGAUGACGUCACUAGUGAACCGCUCGAACAGAAGGUGCCAGUGAACACGCCUGCUAUCGACCCGAAGCUGCUACUGGAGGCGCGCGUGUGCCUCGUGCGCCUCGAGCACGCGCCGCGACGCAAGUGCGAGGCGCCGCCCCCCGCGCCCCCCGCGCCUCUCGCGCCUCUCGUGCGCCUGGAGCCACGCGAGACGCCCCUCGCGCCGUGCAAGCGCGAGGCGGCGCCCCUGCCGGCGUUCGUGCGCAUCGCGCCGCGCAAGAGGCCGCGCAGCCGCGCCGCCGCCAGCGUGCAACGAGCAGGCGGGCGGGCCCCCGGCUGGCGCGGCGGACGCGGACGCGCGGGAGGCGGCGCUGCGGCGCGUGCUGCUGCGCGACAUCGAGCAGGUGCGGCGCCGCAACCAGCUGCUGCUCACCGCGCAGGUCAAGCCCAUACCCGCCACGACAGCGGCGCCCGCAGCCGACGAGCCAGCCGACCACAGCGCGGACGACGACCUCACAGGGUCGGCGCUGGUGCUGCCGAACGCGCUGGAGCUCUCCGACGCGCUCUCCCGGCUCGCGGCGGCGGCGUCGACGCAUCGGCUGAUAGACACGUCGUACUGCUGCGCGGCGAGACGACACCGCGCCGUCAACGACACGCGACGCCGCAUCGGCCUGCCGCCCAUCGACCUGCACAAGUACGUGUGUGUGUGUGUGUGUGUGUGUGUGUGUGUGUGACAUCGUACUGCUGCGCGGCGAGACGACACCGCGCCGUCAACGACACGCGACGCCGCAUCGGCCUGCCGCCCAUCGACCUGCACAAACACGCGGGCGCGGCGUGCUCGUGCUGCUGCGCACACACGCGCGACUCGGGCGGCGCGCUGCUGCGGCAGCUAGCGGCGUUACACGCACACGUGGCGCGCGUCACCAGGCAGACGCAGGUCAGAAACUUUGUUAUUAGCCGCCUACUGAUCACUGUACGCAUCCCGCACGAGGAGGCCUCGCUCUACGGAGCCCAUCAACAGUAA